UCGGCUGAGGCGGCAGCAGGAGCAGCGGGACGCGACGGGCGAGCGGCCCCUUUGCUCCGGGCCGCCUGCGGCUUGGAGCCGCCCCUUCCACGCCUGUAGCGCCACGGAUGGAGCCGCAGUGUCCGGUUUGAGCGCGUCGGCGAGACCCGGAGCCGCUCCGCCGAGCCUGGGCGGGCGGGCGCAGUAUGGUGGACUAUAUUGUGGAAUAUGACUAUGAUGCAGUGCAUGAUGAUGAGUUAACAAUCCGAGUUGGGGAAGUCAUCAGGAAUGUGAAAAAACUGGAAGAAGAAGGAUGGUUGGAAGGGGAGUUAAAUGGCAGAAGGGGCAUGUUCCCUGACAAUUUUGUGAAGGAAGUUAAGAAGGAUGUAGAGCCCAAGAAUGAUGCUGUGCCACUCGGGAGGGAGAAAUCUGGCAAUGUGGCCAGCCUUGUGCAGCGUAUGAGCAGCUAUGGGCUUCCAGCAGGAGGAUUUCAGCCUCAUCCCCCGUCCAAAGGCUUCAAGAAGAGGUCCAAGAAGCGACAAUGCAAAGUGCUGUUCGAGUACCUCCCUCAGAAUGAGGAUGAGCUGGAACUCAAGCUGGGGGAUGUGAUUGACAUCAUUGAUGAGGUAGAAGAAGGAUGGUGGAGUGGAAUACUGAAUGGCAAGGCAGGGAUGUUUCCUUCCAACUUUGUGAAAGAACUGGAAUCAACGGAUGAUGGAGAAACACAGGAUGCUCUGGAUGACACAGAGCCCGUUUUCAAUAGUCCUACCUCACCUGUGACCUCUCCAGGAAAUGGGAGUGAACCUGCACUGGGACCAGCACAGCCAAAGAAAAUCCGAGGUGUUGGGUUUGGAGAUAUCUUUAAGGAAGGCUCAGUGAAACUUAAAACAAGAUUAUCCAGUAAUGAAUCAGAAGAUAAAAAGCAAGAUAAGCCAUUACCUAACCAUCCCCCUGGAACAAAGUUAAUUCAUUUUCCUAGUAUAACAAAAACUGAAUGCUCACCUGAAGUAAUAAAACCAGAAGCUGAAAGUAAACCAAAAGCCAAGGAAUAUUGCAGGACAAUAUUUUCCUAUGAUGGCUCAAAUGAUGAACUCAGCUUUAAAGAAGGCGAGAUCAUUCAAAUAAUCAGUAAGGAUACUGGAGAGCCAGGCUGGUGGAGAGGAGAGCUCAAUGGUAAAGAAGGAGUCUUCCCAGAUAACUUUGCUGUUCAAAUACAAGAGUCUGAUAAAGACUUCCCUAAGCCAAAGAAACCUCCACCUCCAGUUAAAAGUCCAGCUGCAAGACCUGAAUUGCCAACUGGAGAGAAGAAAUUCCUUUCUUUGAGGCCUGAAGAAAAAGAUGAAAAAGGAGCUUUGGAUCAGAGGCCUUUGAAGCCACAAGCUCCUCAGGUACCACCCAAGAAGCCUAUUCCUCCAAGCAAGACCAACAGCUUACUGAGAGCAGGGCUCCUGCACCCAAAACGUCCAGACAAACCUGGUUUGCCAUCAUCUGCAUCCAAAACUAAUGGAGAAGUUGUUACGCUUCGACCGAAAUCUGAAGUUGAGCCAGUAGCAAAACCAAAGUUAGACUCUGAACCAUUGCCACUCAGACCAAAAUCAGUAGAGGUAGAUUCACUUGUGAUAAAAAGCUCUAAAGAAUCAGAUCUGUUAAGCUUUGAUGAUGUAAUAGCUACCUCAGAUAACCUGUCACACCCGACUGCGAACCGGCCCAAGAUGCCUGGUAGGAGGCUGCCCUCCCGUUUCAAUAGCAGUAGUCCUGCAAAUCAAAAUGUGGGUCCAGAAAAAAGUUUGAAGGUGCAGAAAGAAGAAGAAAGUGCCAAACCAAAGCCAGUUGAAACAAAGAAGCCAUCUGCAUUCAGCCCACUGAUUCCACCUUCAUCUCAGAGACCAAGUUCUGUCAUACUCGACUUCUUACCUGGAGACCUCCAACUUAAAGGAGAAACAGAGGAUGAAAAAAUUUCUGUGGAAGACCUCAGGUCUCAGAUUAAUGAUUUAAUGGGUCUAGUAGACGCACUGAAGAAAGAGCAUGGGAGAGAACUAGAAAAACUAAAGAAGGAUUUGGAAGAAGAGAAGCUGUUGCGAAGCAAUCUGGAGCUUGAAAUAGAAAAAUUGAAGAAAGCAGUGAUGUCUACAUGAGACAGCUAUGGACUCAAUGUUUUUAACUCACUAGGAAUUCAAAGCUGAACACAAGGAGAACUGACUCUUAUUUCGUUAUAAUGGAUGCUGGUGUUCUACAGUCUAAAGAAAAAAUAUAGUA